AUGGCGCUCAGUAUCGACCAGAAGCGCCUUAAAGCGACCAAAUUCCCGCCAGAGUUUGACAAGAAGGUGGAUAUCGAGAAAGUCAACAUCGACCUAAUGAAAAGAUGGAUUGCCAAUAAGAUCACUACCAUCUUGGGCGAUGAGGAUGACAUUGUGGUCGAGACCUGCUACAACUUGGUUGAGCAAAGCCAAUUUCCAAAGAUUAAGGAAAUCCAAAUCCAACUUACCGGCUUUUUGGGAAAAGAUACAGCGCCGUUCUGCAAAGAGCUAUGGGAUCUCAUGCUCAGCGCCCAAGACAGUCCCAUGGGCGUACCGCGUGAGCUCUUGGAAGCGAAGAAGGCUGAAUUGCAGCAGGAACAACUUUCGAAGGCCGCUGCCGAUGCAAGGCGUGCAGAGGACCAAGCGCAGAAUGCUAUGAUCGACUCUUUCCGCCAAAGCGAACGUUCAGAUCGUCCCGAACGUGGACGCGGUGGCGGUGGACGAUACCGCGGCAGUGACCGAGAAGAAGGCAUUCCCCACCAAAUCGCGAGCGCGACUUGUAUAUACCUGGAGGAGGCCGAGGUCGCGGUCGUGGAGGGCGUUACGAUAGGUCUCGCGAGCGCCGUCGUUCCCCUUCAGGCAGUCGUUCUGCAUCCCCACCACCUCGUCGUGCACGUCGCUCACCAUCGUCAGGACCAUCGCGAAGUCCACCCAGGCGCCGAACACGUCACUCGCCAUCGCUUGAUCGCUCCAGGUCUCCGCCUCGCCGUACGCGACGGAGAUCUCCUUCAAGAAGCAACUCUCCGCCCCCGAGACGGCGAGGAGCGCGCAAGGACAGGUCUUGGUCUCCUGUCCAAGAUAAGAGAAGGCUACCUAGGCACAAUUCGCGAUCUAGUUCUCCUCGUGAUAAAUCGAGCUCACCAGCGCCCAGGCUCCGAACGAGAUCACCAUCACAUAGCCCUCCACGCCGUCGACGCCGCUCUCCUUCGAGAUCUUCCCGAUCUAUAA